UAUGGGAAAUAGAAUCAGAUUUUUUCCUUUAUCAUUUGUUUUCCUUUUCAGCAUUUUGGAAAAAGGUGGACCCGUAAAUUUGCUCUCGUUCAGACACGCAUUGCCGCUUCGCUAUUUGGCCCGAUCGACGACUACUUCGUUAUCUCCGAUUGUUGGAGUUUCUUCAACCUCAAUUCCCACAAAAUCUUCAAAUUCAAGUUACUGUUUUCUGUAUUACUCGAUUCAAUUAAUUGCUUAUAUAUUGAAUUAGCCGUACCCGUGUAUACAAAAAUGGCCUCAUCAGCUACCAUCAACAAGAUCGAAAGAGCUCACCAGAUGUACAGGGAAGGUAGAUAUGCCGAAGCUCUGGGUUUUUAUACGGAUGCACUUUCUUUGGCUAAAACCAAGUCCCAAAAGAUUGCUCUUCACAGCAAUCGUGCUGCUUGUUUCCUCAAACUUCACGAUUUCAAAAAGGCAGCAGAUGAAUGUACAUUGGUACUUGAACUUGAUCAAAAACACACAGGCGCACUGAUGUUGCGCGCUCAAACCUUAGUCACCCUCAAGGAGUACCAUUCAGCACUUUUCGAUGUCAACAGGCUGAUUGAAUUGAAUCCGUCAUCAGAAGUGUAUCAAAACCUCCACGUCCGUCUGAAGACACAAUUGUCACUUGCUCCAAUACCUGAAGAUGAAGCAGAGCUUGAAGAAGAUGAUGACGAAAAUGGCGACCUAAAGGUAGAUUUGGAAGAACAAUGUACUAAUAAAGAAACCAAUGAAGUUGAUGUAGGAGAAGACAACAGAGAAGCUAUGGAAGCAACCACAAUAAAAGCUGAGUCUGGAAGUGUCAAACAAACAACUGAAGUCGGUGAUGUUCAGAAAAUGGAAUCGUCUGAACAACAGUCGUCUAGCUGGGAAGCAAUCCCACAGCCAAAAGGACAUUCACGGCUUGACUAUUCUAGAUGGGAUAGGGUUGAAGAUGAGUCUAGUGAAGAUGACGAUGAUGACGACGAGGACGACGACGAUGAUUCUCAACCUCAGUAUAGAUUCCGUGUCAAAACUAUUGGUGUGCGAGCUGUUAAGUAAGAUGAAAAAAGUAUUUAAUGCAAAUUGCAUGAAUUGGGCGAUACCAUUCUUUGUUGUUUCAUAUGAAGAGAGCUGAAAGUCUAUUGGGCUUAGAAAUGAUGCUAGCUUUGUUUCAUUCAGCAUAGUGUGUGGAAGCUCUGGAUCAUGGUUGAUAGUUCCUUAAUACUUGUGAGCAUAGAAACAAUGUACAUUUUAUAUGAAGUGAUAGAGCAACAAAAAGUGAGAUAUACUCUGCCAGAGUGAGAUCCGCGUUGGUUCUGGCAGUGUUACUAUGAUUCUAGUGCUAUUUUGAUUGUUUCCCAUGUCCCGGAAACUGCUAUACAAUUCUCUUUGGUGGCAUAGUGUAGAUUUACCUCUU